UUGGCCCAGGGCCGAGUUUCAAGGAGCACUGGGGAUAGCCCCCGAGGAUCGCUCCCAAGCAGCGCCCCCGGCCGAUAUCCGGGCCAGCCAUGCGAGAGAGGCGGCAGGUGCGGGUUUCAGCAGCGAGCUCCGAGGAAGACGACGACUCCACGGUGGAGGUCGGAAGCGCCUGCGCCUGGAAGGAGUUCAGGCACAAGUUCGGCCCCCACGGCGUGCAGAUAACCGUCGGCAUCCUUGUCGAGAUCGCAUGGUGUGCUUGCAUUGCGGGUUGGCUGGACAGGGCAGAGAAGGCUUGUGGGGGAUCCAAAGUCCUUCAGGCUUUCGAUCUGGUUCAGCAUGACGAGUACAACGUCAAAGAGUUCAACUGGAUCGUUUUCUUGGUUUGUCUUGCGGGGCGAUGGAUCGCCAUCACCUUGUGGUUCCGAAAGCAGCGGCGUUUUGGACGGUGCACUGUCACGGCCAGUGCCGCGUCGGCGAUGUACAUCUUGUUUUCGGUCUCGCAGUGGGUGAUAUAUUUCGGGGCCUACUACUUGGUUCUGGAUUCGUUGACCACAGUCACGUUCAACCCUCAAGUGCAGGUCAAGCGAAUCGCCGCAUACUCCGACACACGCGCGACCAACGCCACACAUUUGACCGAUGGUGCUAUCGACGUGUUGCACGCCGACGAUGCUGUCCUCAACCUGACAAUGGCCCACUGCCUGGAAGAACAUCCUCCCUUAGAUUGCGUGUCGAGGGUCAACCUCCAUGUAACGUGUAAAAUCGAAUUCGAUCCAGAUGUCUGCAGCGGCUACACUUGGAUGGGAAAUGGAUCAAACAUGAUGAAAUGCUGCGUUAAAGACAUUUACAGUCUGACGAGACCAGACGUCCCUGUGCCCUUCGCACUCGGACAAGAUCUCGAUACUAUGUUCAUGCUCAUGCAAUGGCUGGCGGUGUUGAGUAUAUCAUGGGCUCUCAAGGAUCUCCCGAUAGUGCCAAGCUCAGCCCAGAGUUCUGGGUUUUUGAAUGGCUGCUUGCUGGGUCUUAUGGAUGCGGUCGUCUUCGGCGCUUACUUGGUCAACGACAGGGUGUUGUACCCCAGGUACGGCAUCAACUCAGACGGGACAGCCGCAGAACGCAAAGACAAAGGCUACAUUAAUCUCCUGAGGUUCACGUGGAUUGUGGCCUUUGUGCUGGCCACGUUGUCACCAGUGCUGUACACCUUCUACAGCCACUCUCGAGAAGAGGAUUCGAACAAGAAAGACGCCGGCGCGGGAACCGAGGACGCGCCGCGCGAUUUCGCCCACAGCGCGGAGAGCUUGAUCCGAAGCCUGCAGAUGCUCGAGCGCCAGAGUGCGCUGGAUCAUGUAGAGGAGUGCCUCGCGAUCCAGCGCGAGGCGUACGCCCAGCACUCCGUCGAGGCAGACCAGUCCCUCACUCCAGUAGCAAGAAACGGUGGACGAGACCCUCUUGGUGAAGGUCGCACCCGAAGGGCACGAGAAGCUCGUCGAGAAGCUCGUCACCGCCGACAAACUUUUGCAGGACCUGUCCCUCGCAGUGGGCGGGCCUGCGCCCCGACCGGGAAAGGCAAUCGAAGACCAACAAAGCUACGUAUCGCACCCUUGCGGCAGAAGGCCUCGAGCAGCUUUGUGCUGAGGCGUGGAGGGGGUCAUAGACGGAGGCUCCUAGAGCGACGCAGAGGGGGGCCACGGGAGACAACGGGAGAUCACGAGAGACGGCGGGAGACCACGGGAGGCUAUUGGAGACCACGGGGAACCCCUGGAGACCACUUGGACCCUGUAUGUAUGUAUGAGGACGAGGAGGAAGUGGGCGACGACGACGACUACUACGACGAUGACGACGCCGACGACGCCGACUACUACGGCGAAAGGGGGGUGGAAUUGAAGAGCUGGCGCCGCCAUCGUAGAAUCCCGAACGGGCCGCAGGAGGCAUCGAAUCUGAAGGGCGGCGUCGAUAACGUGGAUUGUUGAUUGGUGGUUUUCAUGCAGCAACAACACCACGUACAAACACGGAAUCGUCAGACCGACAUUCAGGCCAAGACGACGGGCGGCGACUGCGAACACGGAGCUGCCAGAUCGGUCGACAGUCUGGGCCAGUUCCGUCGACGAAAGUAGAACCCCUAUCUGCAAGCACUGUUUGGGGACACAGUUGUAUACAAGCAUGCGGACAUCUAUAACAUACAUAUCGUAUCAUGGGUUGCGUGCGGACAUCCGUAAAAUUUUGCUUGUGAGAACUGCGUCCCCUCUCGAGGCAAAAAUGCUACACGGUGGGACUUUCAGUGUCCAAUACACCGAUGUGAGCGACAGCAGUUCAGAUGACGAGAUCGUGCCAGUGAGCCGUGUCUAUCCUGACGUCAGCGCAGAGGCAGAGAAACGCAAGUGUGGGCCGGGCUGCUGCAAAGGCUGGUGCGGAAUCGGUGGCCUCAACGAGAAGUUUCAGAGAAAGGCCAUAGUGAUCGACUCGGUGCGUUCUCUGUGUUUUCUGGAGGUGCCGUUCUUCCUGUGGCGGUUGUACCCGAGAGUGGGAAGGCCUCACCUUUGGUUGUUUCGAAGUCAUCCUCAUGCUCAAGAAUUUCGCGUGGGCCAUCAUGGACUUCCUCAUGAUCCUCUCGUGCGGCGAUCACGCGGCCACGUGCUUGGGAAUGAUGCCCGUCAGCAUGCUUUCCGAGGCACUUGAAGGGUCGGCAUUAUCGAGCGUCUCCGUUGCACCCGCUGGCCUUUUCAGCGUGGCCGCGGCUACCGCGCGCAGGCAAGUGGCAAUGUCGAUCAAUGAGCGGCGAAGCAAGCUUAAGGUACGCAACGCGUGGCUCAUCAUCGAGCGCCAGAAGGCGGAGAAUGGACAAGAUGUGGAGGCCAUCGCAGUGUUGACUGAAGAGAUUAAUCGCGUCGAGGGGCAGCUCAAAAGACUGGAUGAGCACGAGAAGAUGAACCGAUGCCACGGGUAAGUUGGGCGCGCUGGCGGUUCGAGUGAAGGGUGAUGGAUGGCACGCUCUUUAUUUAACAAGCCGCAUAACAAAUCAUCUUUUGAAGGGCCAGACGUUUACUCCACGAGACUUCUACGCGGUCGCGCGGAUUUCCUGGAUCGGCGCUGGACCACCCUGGAGCGCGGAGCUCGUCAGGGACGGCGCCGGAGGCGCCGCCAGGGGAGCCCAGCGCCAACACAGUUUAUGUUUAUACAGUUUGUUUGUUCUUCGAAGGGGGAUGCGUGAAAGAGAAAGAGCGCAU